CACAAUAUUGCUAAGACGGGCCUAGGGCUGUGGCUGGCUGAGAAUUAGCUGCUCUUGUAGUUUUCUCGUUUGCUCGGUCCCUUUGUUUUGUGCAACCAUGUUCCGAAAUCCUUGGAUCGCCAGCUAUUUGAGGAAUAUCAGAUACUCUGAAGAGCAAGAUUUUAACAAGGAAAAUUCGGUCCAGUAUAAAACUCCAAGGUUACUCCAAAGGAGAAGAACAUUCAGUUUUCAGAAAGAGUUUUCAUUGGAGGAUAAAGAAGAGCUUGCAAAUAGCACAAAGGAUAUUGAUGCCAACCUUUUAGCAGUGCUGCCAAAAGUUUCUGAAUUAAGAAAACUCUUUGAACCAAACAGGCGGGAUAUCUUGGAGAUGAAAAGGAAAGAGAGGAUAGCCAGGCGUUUAGAGGGAAUUGAAAAUGAUGCCCAGCCCAUUCUUACACAGAACUGUCCUGGCUUGGUUACCCACCGUUUGUUAGAAGAAGAUACACCAAGAUAUAUGCGUGCAACGGAUCCUUACAGCCCUCACUUUGGAAGAUCAAAUGAAGAAGAAACCUCAGAUUCUUCAUUAGAGAAUCAGUCUAGGCCCAGAUACCCAGCAGAAUCCACUGGAGGAAAAACAAGGCCUUCUUACAGUCCGUUAGUCAUGGAUUCUCGAGGGCUUGAUUCCAAAGCAGAAAGAAUAGCUAGAUACAAGGCAGAGAGGCGACGUCAGCUGGCUGAAAAAUAUGGCAUCUCUAUAGAUUCAGACGCGGACUCUGAAUACUCAUCUAAAUACACCAGGACAAGGAAAGAUCAAGAUGUGACUGAGAAGAGAGUCCUGAAGAGCGAGAAGCAGGAUGGUGAAAUCAAAGAUUAUAGUUCCGUAUAUUCAGUGAGGAGUGAAAAUAAGGAGGUGAGGAUCGCUGCUCCUGAGUUGGAGUAUUCUGAGCAUGCAAGAGAGAGUUCUCCAGAAUGGGAAAAGUCAUUGAAAGAAGAUAAUGAGAGAAAAGCACCAGAGCCUACUUCCAGUAGACAUGAUUUAUCCUCUGUGUUGGAGAAUCCCACACCCUUGUCAUUUCCUGGCCAUGACUCCUCCCAGAAUGAAGUGCCAAGUUCGCCAAAGCAAACUCGCAGGGUUUCCCUGUCUUCACCAAAGCAGCUAGCUUCACCAAGUCAUUCCCUCAGCGAUACCAGAUUAGGUAGUGCAGGGAAAUCAAAACCUGAUUGGUUUCUUCAGAAAGAUUCGGAUGGGGAUACAACUUCACUUAUCAACUGGCCCUCCAGAGUAAAAGUUAGAGAGAAACUGGUGAAAGAGGAAAGUGCUCGUGGAAGCCCUGAACUUCUAACAGACACUGUGUCUCUGAGAAAGACCCGCCUAGUGCCUGUUAAUUUCGUGCCUCUGCAGUCGGAAACGUCUGCUUUCCAUAGGGUUGCUAAUCAACCGCUUGGUUUGGUUCGCCAGCCAACGCAUGGCUACAUCCAGCCUGCCGGAGUUCCUCAUACAGCUAAACUGGUGGUCUCUGAAGAGCCCAAAAGCAGUCCUGUGAAUAGCUUCCCUUUGGUGGUGAAUGCCAGAUUCCCAACAGACGCUGCAGUGGAAGGCGAGAAAAGCAACUUCCAACAGAAUUGCAGCUCGUCGAAGUUCACAGUCUGCAGUUCAGAAGCCGAGCAGGAAAGACCCCCCAUUUUGCCUUCAGAGAUUCGUAGGCAAGGGAAGAGCAGAGAGCGCCACUUGGAAGGAGGUGAAUGUCAGAAGCCUACAGUUGGCAAGCCAAAGUCAUUGGAACCUGAGCAGGAGCAGAUUAAGCAGCGGGUGCCUGGGCCUCCAGCAAAGACUCGGGAGAAUGUUGAAAGGAGUGAGAGAGUGAUGUACCUACAAAGUGCUCAAGGGAAAGUUCGGGAAGAGACUCCGCUGAAAUAUAAGCUCCUUACGCGCUCAAUGUCCGAUCAUACUGGUUCUCCUAAGCUAGAGGUUUUCAGAGCUAAGGAGCCCAUUGCCAAGAUUGCAAUGGAGUUUCAGAGUGCCGAAACCAAGAUCCCCAGUGGUGAGAUUGCCAUGGUUGACACAAAAGUCUCUGUUGCUCAACUCCGUAAUGCCUUUUUGGAAACUGCCAAUGCCAGCAAGAAACCUGAACUUGAAUCUCAAUUGGGAACGCCAACAUCAGGUAGUGAUUUGUCUGCCCAUGCUGAACAAGGACGAGGGUCGCGAAGGCCAAGGCGCUAUUUUUCUCCUGGGGGAAGUAGAAAGACUUCUGAGAGAUUUAGGACUCAACCUAUAACUUCUGCAGAGCGAAAAGAAACUGAUAGGUCUGUAUUCAGUCCAGUAAUGCCGGCUCCUGAGGAUGAGGAGAAAUUGGACGAACGAGCCAAACUGAGUGUUGCUGCAAAGAGGUUGCUUUUCAGGGAAAUGGAAAAGUCUUUUGAUGGAAACAGUACUCCAAAGUCUCGUUCAAGGAAUUCGGCAGUGGAGAGACGGCUGAGGCGAAUGCAGGACAGAUCGCGCACUCAGCCCGUAACAACUGAGGAAGUGGUCAUUGCAGCUACCGAACCUACCCCAGCCUCAUAUACUGUGAAUACCCAAACUGUAGUGGCAAGAGUACCUAAUCCCACUGUAGUUAAGAGCACAAUACAUCCUACCAGGUUGCAGGCAUCGGCGCACCAAAAGACGUUAGCGAAAGAUGAAAUAAAGGAAGCCAAAGAAGCCCUUGAACAAGAUCAGUCGGGGGAACCAGACUCUUCCGCCCUCAGCUUGGCAGAGAAGAUGGCCUUAUUCAACAAACUCUCUCAGCCAGUUAUAAAGGCCGUCCAUACAAAGAACAGAGGGGACCCUAGACAAAGGAGAUCAAAUAUGCGUUACCAGACCCAGCCUGUCACCCUUGGAGAAGUUGAGCAGGUACAGAAUGACAGCGGGAAGCUUGCUCCUUUGUCUCCCACCAUUAUAACAUCUGUAUCCACCAUGAUAUCCCCCUGGUCGUCAGUAUACACAAAGGAUCUGCACGUGAAGGCAGCGGAGGAAGAAACAGCUAGCGAGAUGAACCAAGCCAAUUUGAGAUACCAUUCGCCAGCAGACAAUGUGGAUGCUUCGUUAAAAAAUAUCCUGAAAGCUGAACAGUGGCAGCCUUCGGUGACAGUGAGAGAGAGCAAUCGCCAGCCAAGGGAACGUGAAGAGGCACAGCCCAUGGGAUUUGUAGAAUAUGAAGAGAACGGCAUGAAAACACACAGUUCCUUUGAGGAAGAGCUCCCACAUCCUGCCUUUAAUAAAACAGAGGACUGCAACAAAGAGACAAAAUACGCAUUCCCACGAAAAAGCAGCAUGGAAUUGUUCAGCCCUCAACCUCUUUGUCAGCCUGCAGAACAAAAGGAAUUUGUUGCUGACAUCCUGCAGGGUAAACAAGAAGUCAAAGGCCAGUCCUUUGAAGAAAUGAUGGAGUUGGAGGGAGUAAUGACAAGAUCAUCCCUGCAGAGAGAGCACAUUGAGCCAAUUUCAGAACCCGAAGGCACAGCAAUGAAUGUUUCUCAGUCUGCAGCAUCCUGUAGGCAGCAGGAAACAUCUGAGCUGUUGGAAGGAAAACUCGACUCCAGGGACAGCCAAGCAGAAAUAGCAGAGGAUGCUCUCGAUGCGUCCAGCAAAACGAUGUCAAUUAAAGAAAGGCUGGCCCUCCUGAAGAAGAGCGGCGAGGAAGACUGGAAAAACAGGCUGAACAAGAAGCAGGAGUAUGGUCGAGCGUCUCUGGUGGAGCGCAGCUCUCAGCUGCAAGAGAUGGAGCACGUAUUUACAAAGAAGGAACCUGUCUAUGCUUCUACUUAUUCUCCUGCUAUAGCCGCUGCCCAUAAAUUUCAUCCCUCUGUACCUAUUAAUCAGGUCAGUAGUGCUAGUUUGAGAGAGCCAAGCCCCCUGGUCUUUGAACGUCACCCCUGGAGAUGGAAGAGAAUGUCAGAUAGCUGUGAAAGUCAAAUGACAAUAGAAGAAAGAAAACACCUGAUCAGUGUCCGUGAAGAAGCUUGGAAAGCGAAGGGAAGGGGAGCAUCCAAUGACUCGACGCAGUUCACUGUGGCUGGCAGAAUGGUAAAAAAAGGCUUAGCUUCUCCCGCAGCCAUAACUCCAGCGGCAUCUCCGUUCAGCAGCAGGCUGAAGUCAACAACGCCAGUCUCCAAACCCCUGGAAGAAAUUGAAGCUAAGCCAGAUAUGCAGUUAGAAUCGGACAUGAAGUUGGAUAAACUGGAGACUUUCUUGGGAAGGCUGAACAACAAAGUUGGUGGGAUGCAGGAGACACUGUUGACGGUCACAGGAAAGUCAGUGAAAGAGGUGAUGAAGCUGGAUGACGAGGAAACGUUUUCCAAAUUUUAUCGCCACACGGAUUACCCCACUUCCUCCCUGCCUUUGGAGUUGGAUGAGGACUUUGAUGCCAUCUUUGAUCCUGAUGCCCCAAAGUUAAUUUCUUCAGUAGCUGAGCACAAGCGUGCAGUGAGGCCCAUGCGGAGAGUCCAGGCUUCCAGGAACCCCUUAAAAAUGCUGGCGGCAAGAGAGGACAUUCUGCACGAGUACACGGAGCAAAGGCUGAACGUUGCCUUCAUGGAGUCAAAACGGAUGAAAGUUGAAAAAAUGUCUGCAAACUCAAAUUUCUCAGAAGUAGCACUUGCUGGCUUAGCAAGCAAGGAGAACUUCAGCAGUGUUAGCCUACGUAGUGUCAAUCUAACAGAACAGAACUCAAACAACAGUGCCGUGCCAUACAAGAAGCUGAUGCUCUUGCAGAUAAAAGGAAGAAGACAUGUUCAAACAAGAUUAGUUGAGCCAAGGGCUUCGUCACUGAACAGUGGUGACUGUUUCCUGCUGCUGACUCCCCAUUGCUGCUUCCUGUGGACUGGCGAGUUUGCCAAUGUCAUAGAAAAAGCUAAGGCUUCAGAGCUUGCAACUCUAAUUCAGACGAAGCGGGAACUUGGCUGCCGAGCGUCUUACGUGCAAACCAUAGAGGAAGGCAUCAAUACUCACACCCACGCGGCCAAAGAAUUCUGGAAACUCCUUGGUGGCCAGACAAGUUACCAGUCUGCCGGAAGACCUGAAGAAGAUGAAAUGUAUGAAGCUGCAAUAAUAGAAACCAAUUGCAUUUACCGACUGGUGGAUGACAAACUUAUCCCUGAUGAUGACUUCUGGGGGAAGAUGCCGAAGUGUACACUGUUAAAUUCGAAAGAGGUCUUGGUGUUUGAUUUUGGCAGUGAAGUCUACGUUUGGCAUGGGAAAGAGGUGACAUUGGCACAAAGAAAAGUGGCAUUCCAGUUGGCCAAACACUUGUGGAAUGGUACCUUUGACUAUGCUAAUUGUGAUAUCAAUCCUCUGGAUCCUGGGGAAUGCAACCCCCUUAUCCCCAGAAAAGGACAAGGCCGACCAGACUGGGCUAUUUUUGGAAGGCUCACAGAACAUAACGAGACAAUAUUAUUUAAAGAAAAGUUUCUCGAUUGGACUGAGCUGAAGAAACCUGUAGAGAAGAACUCUGAAUGCACCCUACAGAAGGUAGACGAACCUAGGUCUGAUGUUAAACCGUAUGACAUAAUGCGAAUGGUACCCGUUCCUCAGACAACAGUCGGGACGGUCUUAGAGGGGAUGAAUAUUGGUCGUGGCUACGGAUUCAUCGAGGGAGACGAUGGGAGACAAUUUGAGGUUAUCACUGUCUCGGUGGAUGUCUGGCAUAUCUUGGAAUUUGAUUACAGCCGGCUCCCUAAACAAAGCAUUGGGCAGUUUCACGAAGGAGACACGUAUGUGGUCAAGUGGAAAUAUCUGGUGAGCACUUCAGUUGGAAGCAGGCAAAAGGGAGACCAGCAAACAAGAGUUGUUGGCAAAGAAAAAUGUGUUUACUUCUUCUGGCAAGGGAGGCACUCUACUGUCAGUGAGAAAGGGACAUCUGCGCUGAUGACUGUGGAGCUGGAUGAGGAGAGGGGUGCUCAGGUGCAAGUUCUUCAAGGAAAAGAGCCACCAUGUUUUCUCCAGUGCUUUCAAGGUGGAAUGAUUGUUCAUGCUGGGAGAAGGGAAGAGGAAGAAGAAAAUACACAGAGUGAUUGGCGAUUGUAUUGUGUACGAGGGGAAGUUCCUAUCGAAGGAAACUUGCUUGAAGUAGCCUGCCACUGUAGCAGCCUCAGGUCCAGGACGUCGAUGAUCGUUCUCAACAUCAGCAAAGCUCUCAUUUACCUGUGGCACGGCUGCAAAGCCCAGCCUCACACAAAAGAUGUUGGAAGAACAGCGGCCAAUAAAAUAAAAGAGCAAUGUCCUUUGGAAGCAGGACUGCACAGCAGCAGCAAAGUGACAAUACAUGAAUGUGACGAAGGGUCAGAGCCAUUGGGAUUCUGGGAUGCCUUAGGAAGGAGGGACCGGAAGGCCUACGAUUGUAUGUUACAAGAUCCUGGGAAGUUUAACUUCACUCCUCGCCUGUUCAUCCUCAGUAGUUCGUCAGGUGAAUUCUCGGCCACCGAAUACAUAUAUCCAGCUAGGGACCCUCCUGUGGUCAACUCUAUGCCGUUUCUGCAGGAGGACCUCUACACAGCACCCCAGCCAGCCCUCUUUCUUGUUGACAAUCACCAUGAAGUGUACCUUUGGCAAGGCUGGUGGCCUGUGGAAAAUGAAAUAGCCGGAUCUGCUCGAAUCAGAUGGGCUUCAGACAGGAAAUGUGCAAUGGAGACAGUCCUCCAGUAUUGCAAAGGAAAGAAUGUGAAGAAGCCUCCUAAAUCUUACCUAAUUCAUGCUGGUCUCGAGCCCUUGACUUUCACCAAUAUGUUUCCCAGCUGGGAGCACAGGGAAGACAUUGCAGAGAUCACAGAGAUGGACGCUGAAGCUUCAAAUCAGAUAAUCCUUGUAGAAGAUGUGCUGUCCAAACUGUGCAAGAAGUUGUACCCACUGACGGACAUCUUGGCGAGGCCUCUCCCUGAGGGUGUGGAUCCACUAAAACUUGAAAUUUAUCUUUCAGAUGAGGACUUUGAGACUGCGUUGCAGAUGACAAGAGAAGAAUAUAACGGCCUGCCUUCCUGGAAACAGGUGAACCUCAAAAAGACGAAAGGACUCUUCUGAUCAGAGCAUUGUUUGUAAUCAAGGGCUAUUGCCAGAGGCAGUCAGCACAUCUCUGAGCAGCCGCAGCAGUACGAUGUGUUGGUUUGCGUCCGCAUUCAUCAGGCAAACAAGAUAUGGUCUGAAUUUGCUAGAUUACUGCCUACUCCAAAAUAAUGUAACAUUGUAAAUGUGAUAGAGAACUCUUUGCAAUGUCUCUCUUUUUUUUGGACUGCAAGAAUGGGUGAUGUUUAUGAGUCUUGUUCUUUGUACUUUCACAGUAGGCUGCUGUGACUUUCCUUUUGGCUGCGUACACCACUUGCCAUUUGAGCUGGGAAGAUGCUCUCUUUGUAAAGUGUUACUUUGUUAAAGCUGUGGAUUUUCAAAAGAGUU